UGUCGAUGUUUUGGUGAUAAUAAAGCAUUUAUUUUUUAGUUUAGUUGUGAAAUGUAUUUAUUUAAAUUAACUAUUGUUCUCUGAAACUUAUUGCAAUGGAGCAAUCCGACAUGGGGUCAGCUCAGUAUUGUUUCGGGUGUUUGUGUGCGAAGGAUGAGAAGUCAAUUUACUGCCUAAAUUUACGAAACUCGGUUUUAAAAACAUUUAUACAGGCUGAAUGUCUAUUCCUUUGCUACCUCUGCAAGCGGGCCUCACAACAAGCAGAGCUGUUUAUACAAAAUGUCCAAAGUAACCAGAUUCUACUAGAGAAUAUACACAGUGUAGAAGAUUCAACUAUACACUCAGCCCGCACACAAUCCCGAGCACCGCACCAACUAUCCUCAAUGUCUCUAGGCAUUAUUGAGUUAGGAACGACUGAAUCAACGGAAGAGGAGUCCUAUUUUGUCUACGACCAGCGGGGGCCUAAAGUCAAGCAGGAGAUGAAGAAGGAGGGAGCAGCGUUUGAGGAUUACGAUGAUGUUGAUACUGAUUUCCAUGAGCCUUUUGUAAAAGAAGAAGACGAUUAUCCCCUAAAAGAGUUAUUGAAGGAAGAGGUAAUGAUGAUGGAAGUGAAUCUGAAGAGCCUUAAGAAAAGCCUUAGAAAGGACAAGUAUAAGAAAAGAAAAGAGAAAAAGGAUAUAGAAAUUAAAGAAGAAGUUGAAGAAAUUUCAUCCGAGAUAGAAAUAUUGUAUAUAACUAGAGAGCAAUGCUUUGAAGAACGCGAGCGCAUGGCGCUCGACCAGCGCUACCUGGCCUCCGCGUACAAGUGCACCGACUGUGUUAAAGGGUUCAGCUAUAAGGAGGGUCUUCACAAACAUCUACAGAAACAUAGCAAGAGCAAUGGCGAUUACGAAUGCGACGUGUGCAAGCAGAGAAUGAGUACAGAAGAGAAGCUACUGUGUCACAAGAAAUACCACGAAAGACGGUACCGCUGCCCCGUAUGCGGCCUGACUCGUGUUAGCCGACUAACAGUCAGAGACCACUACUCUGCUUUCCACACGUCUAGCCAGAUCAGGCAUUGUCCGCACUGUAAUAAAACCUUCAAACGGCAGGUGUCGCUGCGGAAACACGUCGCAAACGUGCACGGCGGUGCGCGAGUCACGUGCGCAUACUGUGCGAAGAGUUACGCGAGCAGGGACGGACUUAAGGCGCAUAUGAUUGUUCGGCAUCCAACAGAAGUGUCGGGGGCUGCGGUGACCAAAGCCCACGUCUGCCAGGAGUGCGGGAUGGCCUUCAGGGCUCCGUCGCAGCUGAAGAUACACAGCGCCAAGCACUCCCGCUCCAGGAAUUAUUACUGCGUCGAGUGCGACAAGAGUUUCAAAACGGCAUCAGUACUGAAUCAUCACUUUAAAACGGCUUCAUCUCACGUCAGCUAUACUGAAUUACCUUUUGCCUGUGAGCACUGCGACAAACGAUUCCCGAUCCGACGCGACCUAGAGCGACACACGAACCGUAUACAUCUCAACAUUAAACCAUUCCAGUGCGAUCGCUGUGAAAAGGCGUACGUGAACGCGUGGUCACUGAACGAGCACCGGCGACUGGUGCAUGAGGGGUUCAAGCGACCGCUGAAGUAUCCCUGUCUCAUAUGCAACAAGGUUUUCGACCGUAGCCAGAUCCUGAAAGCGCACACGCGCACGCACACGGGCGAGCGGCCCUACCACUGCACCCGCUGCCCCGCGCAGUUCGGCCAGCCCAGCAUACUCGGCACACACGUCAAACUCGUACACCUGAAACUGACUAGAGACGGCAGACCUAAAGCUUUAGCUACCAAAUAA